CGGCGUGCGGUCACGGGCCAGUCCCCAGGGGUCACAAGUCCACCCACCACCCGCUACCGACUCACAGGAGAGCCAAGUGCCCAGAACAGCCAUGCUGUGUCGAGGAAGCCGGAAGGGGGCGUGGCGUCGGAGGCCAGGCAGAGGCUGCGGGGCAAACCGGAAGCCGCCAUCUUGAAUCUGGUUUGCAACACGGGCCCCGCCAUCUUGGGUCGUUGUACGGAAGUGAGAAUAUGUGGGCAGUGUUUUGGGCUGCUCCGUACUGUCGUUGCGCAUGCGUUCUCCGUGCUUAUCAUAUUCUCAGUGGAAGCAGCGAGAGAUCUGCCUGAACUAUUAUGACAUUCUCUCAUCGGUCUAAUCUUUUGAAAUUUGUAUCAACUUUCACCUCAGAGGAAUAACAUCCACUUUACGUUCUUCUGCAUCACUGUAACAUGUUCCGAGAUGAUCAAAUACACGGCGGAUCAGAAAAUUUUGGUUCUCAUGUGUCCAACAAAACUGAAGAACUCUGUGUGACAUUGUAGUGGGUGGAGAAGAUUCUAUGGAAAAGUCAUGAUGGAACUCUCGGCUUACAGAAGACAAGACUAAUCGCCUGACAGUAAACGUUACAAUUGAGUGUUGGAAAGGGAAGUGCGUGCAUAUAUAAUAAGAAUGUGAAAUGCAGUGUGCUCACAUACACUUUGUGGUAUUGGAACUAAGAGCUAAUAACCAAAUUUCUAAUGUAAUCCCUGCAACAACUUGAUGAGUGAGAGGGCAAUGCCAGGAAGCUGGUGAAGGCUUUCUUCCUCUUCCACCAUGGUCAACAGCAGCAAGUAUGAAGUGGCUGCCCAACAUGAGGCAGAUGCCUCCACCUUGGGUGAUGGGAGCAGCCAGGGGGCCGAGCAGGUAAAGCUGAAGAAAGAGAUCUCGCUGCUGAAUGGCGUGUGCCUAAUAGUGGGAAACAUGAUUGGCUCCGGUAUCUUUGUCUCCCCCAAGGGUGUGCUCAUGUACAGUGCUUCCUUUGGCCUCUCGCUGGUCAUCUGGGCUGUUGGGGGCAUUUUCUCCGUCUUUGGGGCCCUUUGUUAUGCUGAACUGGGCACCACUAUUAAGAAAUCCGGGGCCAGCUAUGCCUACAUCUUGGAGGCCUUCGGGGGACUUCUUGCCUUCAUCCGCCUCUGGACCUCCCUGCUUAUCAUCGAACCCACCAGCCAGGCUGUCAUUGCCAUCACCUUUGCCAACUACAUGGUGCAGCCCCUCUUCCCAAGCUGCAGUGCCCCUUACACUGCUGGCCGCCUGCUGGCUGCUGCCUGCAUCUGUCUCUUAACUUUCAUAAACUGUGCCUAUGUUAAGUGGGGAACCCUGGUACAAGACAUUUUCACCUAUGCUAAAGUGUUGGCGCUGAUUGCAGUCAUCAUUGCAGGCAUUGUUAGACUUGCCCAGGGAGUCUCAACUAACCUUGAGAAUUCCUUUGAGGGUUCAUCAUUUGAAGUGGGUGACAUUGCCCUGGCACUAUAUUCAGCCUUGUUUUCCUACUCGGGCUGGGACACCCUUAACUAUGUCACUGAAGAGAUCAAGAAUCCUGAGAGGAACUUGCCCCUUUCCAUUGGCAUUUCUAUGCCUAUUGUUACCAUCAUCUACAUCUUGACCAAUGUGGCCUAUUACAGUGUGCUAGACAUGAAGGACAUCUUGGCCAGUGAUGCUGUUGCUGUGACUUUUGCAGACCAGAUUUUUGGAAUAUUCAACUGGACAAUUCCACUAGCAGUUGCACUAUCUUGCUUUGGUGGUCUCAAUGCCUCCAUUGUGGCUGCUUCUAGGCUAUUCUUUGUGGGCUCAAGAGAAGGCCAUCUCCCUGAUGCCAUCUGUAUGAUUCAUGUUGAGCGGUUCACACCAGUGCCUGCUCUGCUCUUCAAUGGUAUCAUGGCACUGAUCUACUUGUGUGUAGAGGACAUCUUCCAGCUUAUUAACUACUACAGCUUCAGCUACUGGUUCUUCGUGGGGCUUUCUAUUGUGGGUCAGCUUUAUCUACGCUGGAAAGAGCCGGACCGACCUCGUUCUCUCAAGCUCAGCCUUUUCUUCCCCAUUGUCUUUUGCCUCUGUACCAUCUUCCUGGUGGCUGUUCCACUCUACAGUGAUGCCAUCAACUCCCUAAUCGGCAUUGCCAUCGCACUCUCAGGUCUCCCCUUUUACUACUUCAUCAUCAGAGUGCCAGAACACAAGCGACCUCUUUGCCUUCGGAGGACUGUGGCAUCUACCACACGGUACCUCCAGGUCUUAUGUAUGUCAGUUACUGCAGAAAUGGACUUGGAAGAUGGAGAGAUGCCCACACAACAGGAUCCCAAAUCCAAAUAGCACCUGGAAUUAUGAGAUGUGGAUGAGCAGGGGCUUCUUGGUCUCCUUUUGGUUGGAACUAAUGAAGUUGAAAAGGCACUCAUUCAGAAGUCUGGACUAUCUAGGCAGCUUCAACCUUUGAACUUGCUUUUUAGGUUAAAAGUAAUUUAUUUGUUUUGCUGUGUAGUGUUCUGGAGUUCUUAAAGGGCUGAUAGCCAGAUUGUGGUAUGAAGUCUUGUCACAUCUGGACUUGGUUGUGCUGCUCCCACUUUUCCUUUCCCAGAGCCAGCAAUGCUCCAAUCUUGUCUCCUGAGACAUGAAACUGUCACAGGUGUUGAACAAUAAAAGAGUUAUGUUCCUAAA